AUGUUUUUUCGGAAGCACCCUGUCUACAAUGUAUUGCUUACUGUUAUCAUAUGCAAUUCAGUGCUGACAACUGCUCUCGCUACCAAUAGUAGGAUUGGGCUAGCAAGAAGAUCUUGGACUUUCCACACAAAAAGGGCUACGAGUGUGCCAAGAACAUUUGAAAGCAACAAUGCAAGGGAAUAUCGGUUGAAACAGGGCAAAAAUCCGAUAGACAAAAGACAUGUGGUGAAGUCAGUGACUGGGGCGACUCUUGGAUUCCUCCUUAUCAAGAAUCGAUUUGUUUUUGAGUAUGCAUUGAACCUUUACAGAUCGUCCUUGUCGAAUAGUCCCUUGCAAACCAAGGUUCUGACGGGUGCUACGCUUAGUUUACUUGGAGACUGGGCUGCACAAAUUCGAGAAGGGAAUGAGUCCACAACUUAUGAUAUGAAAAGAGGACUGUCGUUUGCAGCCUUUGAUUCGACAUAUCGCAUGUUCCAACAUGUAGCAAUUCCUGUUAUCGUCCGACUCGGGCAGGGAAACUUUUUGUUGUGGCUUGUGACAAUAGCCCCAUUUGUUAAUCCUGGACCCAAGGCUUCUAGCUUUUUUGCAGCGAUGGAAAGGACCUUGAUUUAUCAGUUUGUCCUCAUUCCAUUGGCGUAUUAUCCUGUCUUCUUCACAUUCACGGGGCUGAUGCAAGGAUUGAGUCUAUCAGAAACCUUUGCACGAGCAAAACGAACUUUCUUUCCGUGCUGGAUCAAAAAUGUCUCUUUCUGGAUUCCAACACAGCUUGUAAUGUUUGGGCUCGUCGACGAGAAGUGGCAAGUGCCUUUUGUUUGCCUGGUGGGAGUACUGUGGAGCUCAAUUUUGAGCAUCACCGCAGGUAAAGCAAGAGUAGAGAAUUAA